AACAUCAUUCGAAAUAUAAUUUUAAAACAAUCAUGAAGUCAUAAAAGACGCUUAUAACGAUUAAAAAAUCAGAAAAAUGGAUUAUAACAGUUUUCGGCCAACAAUUAGAAGACCUAGAUCAACAUCAUUAUAUGGUUUAUCUGAUCACUGUUAUGAUACAACCAGGAGUCGAGCAUACAGUUAUGAAGAAAAAGCACCAGUUAAUUUUGGAAGACAAUACAAUUAUUUUUAUGAAACCGAAGAAAGAUACGCGGCAGACUAUUUUUAUCCUUAUGAGAAAAUGGCCUCUUUAUUAGAAAAAUCACCAACAACAAAAGGAAAUGAUACGAACGGUUCAAUUUCAAGUGCAAGCGUAAUGAACGAUAAAAUUCAUCAUAAGGAUUUGCAAUUUUCUUCAAUAUUACGAGAAAAAAUUUCAAAUAAAGAUAAAACACAACUACUAGUUGAUAAUGAAGAAAAUUCUUGGUUAUAUGAUGUGGAUAUAUUUAGAGAAAAAUUAAAGAAUCAACAUUUUAAUACUGCCAGUAAUAUUAGUUGUCAUAAUGGUAAUGGAUUUUACAAUAAUUCUCAAAAUUUUUCUUAUUUGCAACAUAAUAAAAUCGAACAAGAAUACUCUGAUUCUUGUUAUCAGCGACCUGUAGAGAAAACUCUAAAUUUAAAUUAUGAAAACAAAUUUCAAACGCGUAGUGAAUCGGAACCUAACAAUAUUAGUGAGUUAAGAUUUUCGCCAUCUACUAUUAAAAUUAGUAAUAAUUUGAUAAAUGAACAUAGAAGUAAUGCCUCCAAAAAGCUUCCACCAACACCUCUCCAACAAUAUAGAAUACGUGGUGCCGCCCAAGAUUACUCGUUAAAUCAAAAUCAAAUCAAUAAUAAAAAUGAUAACAAGCGAACUUCACCACCGAAAGUUUUAAUAUAUAAUAAUAGUCAAACCCCUAGAUCACCAAAAACGAAGAAGUCAUUGAUAAAUUCUAGAUCAUCUGCCAGGGUUCCACAAACGGCGCGACCUUCAUCGAAAAAUCUCAAUGAAUUUAGAAGAUGUAGAACUAAAUCGCCAUCACCAACCUUUACCCGGAAUGUGCAAAAACGUUUUGAUAGCGAUGAUAAUAAUAUUGGUUUCAAAUCAAUGCGUAAAGCAAAAUCAGCAACUCCUCCACCGAGGACUUUUGAACAGUUUUCUAAUGCUGUUUUACCUAUGCCAAAAUCAGAAAUUAUAGUUCCAUUUAAUAAUAACAAUUUAGGAAAAUCACAUAAAUCGAAAAUUUCUAAUAAAAUAGUUGUAGAAAAUUGUUCAAAUUUUGAACACGAAAGAUUUAGCUCUUCAACAGAUAAGGAAAAAAAAAUUGGACAUGAACACCAGAUCAAUGAUGAAGACGAUGAUAACGAAAGUUGUUAUGAAGAUGAGGAAUAUGAAUUAAACGAUGAUUAUAUUGAAUCAUCAUCUGAUUCAGAAGAUGGUUAUAGCGGACAUGCUUUCUCUAGAUCUGAAAAAUCAGAAUCGCCGAUUUUACCUGAAAAUCAAAUUUCCAUACCUUCAGUACCAGAAUCUGUACUCGUGCCUAGUUUAUUCCCAAAUAUUCCACCAUAUUUGUCAUUUGCGACAAAUUUAGAAAAAGGUCCACCUGUACCCCCAGAACUUCAUAAAGUAUUGAAAUGGAAAUUGUCAAAAGUUAUGCCAAAAGUGGUUCGUUACACAUUAGUUAAUUCAGGCUGCCGUGUCUUAAAAAAAACAAAUGAGUGGAUGGGAACAUGGGGAAAACAUAUGAAAAGCCCAUGUUUCAGAACAAUCAGACCUUAUCAAAAAAUGAAUCAUUUACCUGGGUCAUUUAAGAUUGGGCGUAAGGACUCAUGUUGGAAAAAUUUACAAAAACAAGUUAACCGUCACGGAAAAAAGGAAUUUGGGUUCAUGCCAAAAACAUAUAUUUUUCCCCACGAUAUAAACAUUUUAAGGAAAACGUGGCCUAAAUAUCAGCAGCGUAAUAUUCGAUGGAUUAUUAAGCCGCCAGCUAGUGCUCGAGGCACCGGCAUCAGAGUAGUAUUUGCAUGGUCUCAAAUUCCAAAAAGAAAACCACUAAUUGUUCAAAGAUAUAUAGAACGUCCGUUAUUGAUUAAUGGAAGCAAAUUUGAUAUCAGAUUAUAUGUUUUAGUUACUUCAAUAAAUCCUCUUCGGGUGUAUAUGUACAAAGACGGUUUGGCUCGUUUCGCCUCAGUAAAAUAUAGCAUGAAAGCAGAAACUUUACAUGAUCGCUGUAUGCAUUUAACAAAUUAUAGUAUAAAUAAACAUUCAACAAACUAUGCUAAGAAUGAAGAUGUUAACGCAUGUGACGGUCAUAAAUGGACACUGAAAUCUUUAAUGACAUAUUUAUCAAAUACCGGAACUGAUAUAUCUACACUAUGGGUUACAAUGAAAAAUUUGGUUCUGCGCACUUUACUAGCUGGCGAAGAAGGAAUCAAUAACAUGGUUAAAAUCAAUACUGGCAGUAGAUAUAAUACGUUUGAGUUGUUUGGUUUUGAUAUAUUGUUAGAUUCAAACUUGGUACCUUGGUUAUUAGAAGUAAAUAUUUCACCUUCUUUGCAUUCGGAUUUGCCAUUAGAUAUGCAUGUUAAAGGUCCUUUAGUUCAAGCUGUUUUAAAUACAGCAUUAUAUCAUGUGCCCCCAAAGCUAUCUUCCGAAAAACAAAAAGAGAUUUGUGUUAAAACUGGAGUUAAAGGACCUCUUUGCUACGAUAAGAGACUAUAUGUAACUUAUUUAUCUCGCACAGAAAAAAUUAAACAUAACCAAUUUACAAGAAAAGAUCUAGAAGAUCGAGAUGAGUACCUGGACACUAUUUUAGAAAAUUUAACUCCAGAUGAUGUCCGUUGUUUAAUAACAUCUGAAGAUGAACUAGCACGUUGUCUUCCAUUAGAAAGAGUUUUUCCAACAAAUAAAACUUAUAAAUUAUUAAAAUAUACUGAGAGUCCCAGAUAUUAUAAUCGCCUCUUAGAUGCAUGGGAACAUCGCUAUAGUAACAAUCGUAACGCUGGUAUCAAACUUUUAAGCGAAUUAUGUGAAACAAAUUAUCAUUUACAAGUACCGCCCGUACCAGCCCAAAGGGACUCGAACAAUGAAAAAAAUAUUAACAAUAUCAGCCUCGCCAAUGAUGUUGCCAACAGCAACAGCGACAACAUCCCAAAUAGUAAAAUGGGUCAGCAACAACAAAAGCAGGGGAACGAAAUAUACAUGUUGGGCAUUAGCAAAAGCUGCAAAGAUGAGAAUAACAAAAAAGAAAUUAUUAGUACAAGAGAAACAAUUAGAGCAAAGAAUUUCAGCAAUAGAUUACAUCAAACACAAACAACAUUCAAAUCAAGAAUUCGACGAAAUUCAAAUAUAAAUAAUGUAAUUAAUCCUAUUAAAAUAACAACAUCAACCGUACCAAAUUCAAUAAUAAUAGCAACACCAUUAACAUCAUUAACUCCAACUAUAAUUGAGAGGCCAAAAAGUUAUAGUUUUUUAUAUAGCAAACAGCAGUUACAGCAACAGCAUCAACACCACGAAUGCGAACCAUCAUUGAUAUCUAAAGGCAAAUUAACUAAAACGUCUUAAUUAUUGAGAAGGAAAAAUAAAAAACUCAUUAUUAAUAUUAUUAAUAUUAAUAUAUUUAAAAAUUUUA